UUUCAUCCAAUAGAAAUCAUAUGGCCCUCCAGAUGUUGUCAGACUGCAACCCUCAGCAUUCUUCACCAUUGGCUAGGAUGUUUGGCUGUUUAGGAUAGAUGGGAAUUAUAGUCCAAUGAGAUAUGGAAGGCCACAUGUCCCCAGUGCUAACCACAGAUCUUCCAUAUCAGAGCAGAUUUAAAUAGAUCAUCCCAGGGCAGUUUAGACUCCUUGUGAUGGUGAGUUUAUUUCCACGGGAUGAACAGGAGAAACUAUACAACCUUCUCCUAGACUUUUUAAUUAAGAUUGAAAUUCUAGUCAAUCAAAUGUGUGUUUUCUUUUUUUCCCUCCAGAGUGAAAAGUGAAGAAAUCAUUUCUUUGUGGACACAACUUUAUUUGGUUCAGCUUUCAUACCAAAGAUGACAGCAGAAAACCCUACUUUAGGGCAAGAAUCUAACACUUGGCUGGUCUCCCUUUUAGGAGGACAGCUAAACUUCAUGAUGUAUCCCUUGAUAAUGCUAACAAUUCUGAUAAUAUUAUAUUAUCCUAUUAUUUUUAUAUUCUCCUUUAACUACAUGAGCAGUGCAUUCUAUUUUAUUUAUAGUAAGAUUGGUAAUCUCCCAGAAGAUGGCAAUAGCAAGUUAUGGGACAAACCAAAGCGAAUACUGGCAAUUGUCUCAGGUGUGCUAGGAAAAAUAUUGCAUGGUUAUGAGAUUUGUGGAAUAGAAAAUCUUCCAAAAGGGCCAGCCGUUCUUGUUUAUUAUCAUGGAGCCGCUACUGUGGAUUAUUACUUCUUUGUGUUUGAAAUCUAUAGAAUCACGGGGAGAUUCUGCUAUUCUGUGAUAGCUCAUGCCCUUAUGCAUCUGCCAGGCGUGAAACAAUAUUUGCGCGUAAAUCGGUGUUCUGAUUUUACAAGAGAGGAAUGUGUGGCUCUUCUGAAGCAAGGACACUUACUGGGCAUUGCACCUGGUGGACUUCGAGAGCAGAAUUAUGGAGACAAUACUUACAAGCUUCUGUGGGGAGAACGAAAAGGAUUUGCUCACGUAGCCAUAGUAGCAAAAGUGCCUAUUAUCCCAAUUUUUACACAGAAUAUAAGAGAAGGAUACAGAACAUAUGGAAAUACAUGGCUAACGAGAUGGCUUUAUGAACGUACUUGGGCUGGCUUUCCACUAUAUGGACUAAUUCCAGUCAAACUGCGAACACAUAUUGGGCAACCAAUUCCAUAUGAUCCCAAUGUAACUGCUGAGGAACUAGCAGAAAAAACAAAAAUGGCAGUUGAAGCUUUACGGGACAAAUAUCAGACAAUACCAGGAAGCAUCCUGAGAGCCCUUUGGGAACGUUUUGAGGUGCAUCACAAAAACAAAUAAUCUGAAUAACAGAAUACACUAAUGUGAUCUUUCUUAUAGUGUUGGCUCACAAAUAUUUCCUGUACAAAUAUAAAUUAAAGGCAUUGGUUUUAA